AUGGGCAAUGUUCCUUCAGACAAGACAGCUGACGAGACAGCCCCGAUAUCAGAACAGGGUGCAUCUCCUACUUCAGCGCCACGUCCCAGUGUCACACAUCAUUCCAGCUUCGCAGAAGCUCGAUAUGGAACCGCCCCCUCUCCCUUAAAUAUGGUCAUGGGAUACAACUUCCCAGGCCAUCAUUCACAAGGCUAUAAUCCGCAGUCAAUGCAUCAGUACACAGCCCACGGGCAAGGCAUGAUGUACCCCAUGCCAAUGACUCCGUAUGGACACAACUCCGGAGGCAUGCCGUACGGCAUGUCUUACCCUGCUUAUCCGCCGUAUGCCAUCCCUCAACACCCUGGCCCUCAACCUCAACAUCAUUACCCGCCUCAUGGAACCCAAAUGCAAAACAUGCCAAACCUCAGUCCCGGGCAAGUAUCUCCGUAUAGCUCGGGCUAUUACCCUCAUUCAUCAUACAGCCCUUAUGGACAUGGAGUGCCUGCCGGCCAAAUGCCUCAGGCUAUAUCUCCAGUACGUACUAACACCAGUUCACCCUCGAAACCGGUCUCCUUGCGCAAAGAAGCCGAUAAACGAAUGACGGAUCUGGAAUACGACGUUUCAAAGACCAUCGUGGAUGGAUCGAACCCCAAAAAAUUAGCGCAGUCCCAACCACAACCGCCGUUCUCCAACAAUACUCCCCCUUCGCAACCACUCCCGACCGCUCCGAGUACCCCACGAGGACCACCCCGAAAGCCCAAGCAAUCUGGCCACGCGCUGUGGGUUGGAAAUCUUCCUCCCGGAGCCAGUGUCAUUGAUCUCAAAGAUCACUUCUCGCAAGAUGCAAAAAACGACAUUGAGAGCGUGUUCCUGAUCUCCAAGAGUAAUUGUGCGUUUGUGAAUUACAAGUCGGCUGCCGCCUGCGUCGCAGCUUUGGCGAGAUUUCACGACUCCCGAUUUCAGGGCGUCCGCGUUGUCUGCCGACUGCGAAAGGGGCUCACUGCUCCGGGCUCCGGGUCUGCAGCUCCGAAUAAUGCUCUCCGACCACGUUCGGAGGAUAUUGCUACGGCUACGACUACGACUACGACAGCUACGACUACUGCUACGACUACUGCUACGGACCCGGGCGAGGACCAUUCAAUCACACCGGAGCCCGGUUCCGCAGCGCCUGCUACGGGGAACCAUCCUCCCCCGGCCCGGCUGGUAGAUCGGUACUUUAUUGUUAAGAGCUUGACAGUGGAGGAUCUCGAGUUGAGCAAGCAAAGUGGCAUUUGGGCUACACAGUCGCACAACGAGGCGGCAAUGAAUCAGGCUUUCGAGAACACAGAUUACGUUUAUUUAAUUUUCUCCGCCAACAAAUCUGGCGAAUAUUUUGGAUACGCCCGUAUGAUGUCGCCGAUCAGCGAUGACGAAGAACUGGCCUUGGAGAUGCCAUCUCGGCCCGAUCCCCCGCCCGGCGGGCCCGACGAACUUGACGUGACCCUGACAGCGGCAACUUCGACAGCGCCCCAAGGACGAAUCAUCGAUGAUUCAGUGCGGGGUACUAUCUUCUGGGAGGUCGAGUCAUCGGAAGAUGAGAACGACAAUGCUAGCGAGAAAAGCGUCGAGCCCGAGGAUCCAGAAGAGGGUCAAACCUUUGGCAAACCGUUCCGCAUUCAAUGGAUUUCGACAGAGCGAGUACCUUUCCAGCGCACUCGAGGCCUUCGUAACCCUUGGAAUGCGAAUCGGGAAAUCAAAAUCGCUCGUGACGGUACCGAAAUUGAGCCAACGAUCGGGCGUAAGCUGAUUCAGUUGUUUCAUUUGCCUUGA